UAAUGAGUGAGACAGCUAAUAGAUUAUAAACGAUUCAGCAAUGCGCAAAAUAGCCUAGCAGACAAUCGAAUAUACGUACACAACUGAAGUGCGAAAGAGAGAUCUCCACAUAACAGGUAUACGCACAGGCAGACCUAGCUAUUAAUUAGAAAGAGACUGGAAUAUUAUCGAAUCGUAGAACUGCAAAACACGCAAUUAUCCGUCUCAUUCGUAAACCACUGUGCUAAAACAGUCUGCUAUUGUUUUUUAUUCGGUGUAGUUUAAGGACAUUUUGUUCGCUAAAAUUACUAGUGAAAUAAAAAAAAAAAACAAAUAAAAUAAAUACAAAUUUAACCACGGAAACUCAAAUUCUCAUUCGCGUCAAUAAAGUUCAAAGAUAUUUAUACUAAAAAGUCACCGUAAUGAUACGAACGCGAAAACGCCGGCGCUCAGCGGAGCCUGGGCAGCAAGCGGAAGCAAAUGAGGUGGCAAUCGUUCAGCCAUCUAUCGCCGCAAACUUCGCCGCUGCAGUCCCAACGGCUGCGCCAGCUGAGACUGAAUUUCCACACUGGUUGAAUGAAAUAAAAGUGGAAGCAUCAGACAGCGAAGCAGAAUUUGUUAAAGAAGACGAAAGCACACUUGCCGAUAUCAAACCCGACAUACACGAAAUACAAAAACAAUGCAUACGCAGCCAACAAUCACCACACGCGGAGAGAAUGUCGACGCCGACGUCGCUGUUGGCUACAUCAACACAGUCAGCAGCCGUGGCUGCGACGGCAGGGCAAGUGAAUCUGAGUGGCGAUUACGUGUUAGAUAUCGAUAAACUUGUUGAAGAUGUGUCGGCGCAGUCACUGAGAGAAGACUUUCAAAUUAAAGUUAAAGAUGAAAUUAUCGACGAAGAGAAACGAGAAUCAUCAGACAAAUUAAAACCGUUAACUUUAAACCGAUCUGAUUUUAAUUUUGUUGCGGAUGAGAUAGAUAUGCAGGAGACUGAUUCGGAUGAAGAUGGCUAUUCCGAUGUCGACCUUGACGAUGAUUACGAACCUUUAGAGAGCGAUGAGAUCGAAGACUUGUACGACCCAGAAUGGUUUAAUAGGCUAACAAUGCCAAGGAGAUUGUUCCCGGACCAAAAUUACCAAGGGAUACUAAAAGGUGGUACCAGUAGGAAUUUGCAUACGUUCUACUUUUAUCACAUCCUUGAAGGACAAAACUUCUUUGAAAGGGUGGCUGAAUGCUGCAACAAACGUGCCGAAAAAAUUAAAAAAGGCUCGCAGAGAUGGAGCAACACAUGCACCGAAGCUUUCACUUGGCAGGAGAUUAGCAUUUUUAUCGGAAUUUCCCUGCAAAUGGGUUCAAUGCAACUGCCAACAUUGUCGGAAUAUUGGGAAUGCCAGUCGCAUCACGGUUUCAAUGGGUUCUCUACAAAGAUGACCUUGAAUCGUUUUAAAUUUCUUCUGGAAGCUUUGAACUUCGAAUGCUUUCAAACUGAAAAUUGUACAUUCAAUACCGAAGACAUGGGGAAUAGAUUUGAUGAUUUGAAACCUCUUCUGAAUUUUUUCAACAAUCGAAUGGAAUCCAUAUACAGCUGCGGUCAAACUAUAGUUCUGAAUGAACCUCUUAUUUAUUGGAAAGGCAAGCUUAACCAGGCAAACGAAAUGAGUAAGAAGUUUCGUAGGAAUGCAGUUAUGCUACACCUUUUGACGAAACAAUCCGGUAUGGUACUCAAGAUAUUAGCAGAUAUGGAGGGUUCAGAACAAAAGCAGAUUUCUCGUAACCCUAAGGCCCAGGUUGUUCAACGAUUAUCGAAAGCAAUAGAAUUGCUGAAGGAAAAGUUUGGAAGAGGUCAUGUGGUUUUUACUUGCAAAUAUUACGGCAGCUACGCGCUUUGCUUGGAAUUGGCUAAACUCGGAACCUAUUGCUCGGGGUUUUUAGAUAAAAAUUGUUUUGGAAAUAGCAAAGAAUUGGUACUACAAAAUUUAGGACAAUAUCAAUUUGAAACCAGAUAUGCUGGCUAUGUAAUGAUGGGCAAGAGUCGAAGACUCCGGAAAAAUGUAUAUUUUUAUAGUUCCGACUGUCUUGCUAUUUACCGUAAUGAAAUGAUCUUGAGCCAUCAGCUGAAAUUAGUGAAAGAGAUCAGCUGGCAAUUAGGCAUUCCCGUGGAAAUGCGUGCGGCUAUGUUGGACUACCAAUUACCUUUGGAACGCACGGAAAUCAAGUGGGACAGACGGUUGAUGAUCUAUGUCAUACACCUGGUUUUACUCAACGCUUACUUACUCUAUCAAAGCCAUAAUCAAAAUCUACGGUCUACGAAUAAACUGCCGAUGUUUUUCAAACAGUUUCGGCAAGGAAUUAUUGCGUCGCUAGUACAUCCCGAUGAAAGUGGAAAUAUUGACAAGAAAAGUCCUGCAAAUGAAAAUCUGAUAGAUACUGCCACAACAAUAAACAACUCAGAGCGCGAUCCAAAUCUGCAUAUACCGAGUCAACUGGAUUUAAAAAAAGCAACACACCGUCCAAUGGAAAUACCAUGUUCCAAGGGAAAACUAGUAAAGAAGCGUUGUAGAAUUUGUUUUAAGACAGGUCUUUUGAUUUUUUCGCAAUUUUGUUGUGCUGAAUGCCCCGGCAUGCCGGGACUUUGCGAAAAUCCUUGUUUCAAAUUAUGGCAUGAAUAUAUUGAAUGAAAAUGGCUACCGUGUAUGAAGAGUUGUGCAAGAGAGAGGAUACAAAUUAAUAAAUCGCUAUAAAUUAUCUAUUUGGUAAAAGUUUAAA